GUUGUCGGCAAUAACCUUGCAAUAUUUUUACUUAGGUAAAGUUUUAUCAUAUGAUUCAUCGUAAUCAGUAGGAAUUCUCAUGACUACUGACUCGCUGAGUCAGAUGGACAAAAAAUUAAAAGUGGUAAUUUUUUAAAUUGUAAAAAUCACGAAGAAGUAAUCGUUAGAAAGUCAUAUUGUAACAUUUCGAAAAUCGAUCAUACUGUUUGCUACGAUCCACGCGUAGGAAUUAUAAAUCAGAAUAUUCUGCGAACAAAUUGACAGUUGUAAAUGAAAAGUAGGGCAGAUGUUUUGACGUCAGUAUGCUAAAGUAAAUAAUAAUAUUGAGGAGGGUGUGGGGAUGAAAUAUGAAGUAUGGCGACCGUCAUGAGGUCGUGUACAUGUUGCUUGCGGUUUAAGUUAAGCCCGGAAGAACUGGAACAACAUGUUAGAAGUCAAGAUAUUGAUAAACUGAUUGAGAAGGACAAGCAGACGUUCAGAAGACAAGUAAAACUUCUAUUACUUGGGGCAGGUGAGAGUGGGAAGUCAACGUUCCUGAAGCAAAUGCGAAUAAUUCACGGUGUUAAGUUCGAGCCGGAAUUAAUAAAAGAGUAUCAACAUGUGAUUUACCAGAACAUUAUAAAAGGAAUGAAAGUAUUGGUGGAUGCAAGAGAUAAGCUAGGGAUUUCGUGGGAAAAUCCUAAAAAUGCCACUUACGGAGAAUACAUUCUUAAGUUUGAAAAUAGCAUGGCGUUGGACUCGAGACUGUUUGUUCAGUACGCUCCUUCAUUAAUUAACUUGUGGAGAGAUUCCGGCGUAAAAAGAGCUUAUGAAAGAAGAAGAGAAUUCCAAUUGAGCGAUUCGGUUCAGUAUUUCUUGGAUAACUUGGACAGGAUAUCAAGAGUUGAUUAUGUCCCUUCGCACCAGGACAUUCUCCACGCACGGCGCGCGACCAAGGGCAUCUCCGAGUUCGUCAUUUUCAUCAACAACAUUCCGUUCCAGUUCGUGGACGUGGGCGGCCAGCGCUCCCAGCGACAGAAGUGGUUCCAGUGCUUCGACUCCGUCACCUCCAUCCUGUUUCUAGUCUCGUCGUCGGAGUUCGAUCAAGUGCUGCUGGAGGACAGGCGCACGAACAGGCUGGAAGAGUCGCGCAACAUCUUCGACACGAUCGUGAACAACCGCGUGUUCCAGAGCGUGUCGAUCAUCCUGUUCCUGAACAAGACGGACCUGCUGGCGGAGAAGGUGCGCUCGCGGGAGACGGACGUGCGACUCUACUUCCCCGACUUCGCGGGCGACCCGCACAGCCUGCGCGACGUGCAGGAGUUCGUGCUCGACAUGUUCGUGGCGGUGAAGCGCGACCGCAAGAAGCCGCUCUUCCACCACUUCACCACCGCCGUCGACACCGAGAACAUCACGGUGGUGUUCAACGCCGUCAAGGACACCAUUCUCACCCGGAACCUGGAGUCGCUCAUGCUCCAGUAGCCGCGCCCGCCCCGUUCGCACCGUUGUUUUAUUGUUGGACCCGUUGCAUUGUUAGCGGUUGACUGAUACCUGACAAAUCAACAGUUAGGUUUGUGAUUUUAAUCAAAUACAUCUUGUAUAAAUAAUUCCCUUCACAAAGAAUGUCUUUUGUUUUCCCCUUUUGUGCUGUUUAGUUGUGUUCAUUCAUGAAAUACGUAGUGGCAGAAAUGAGUUUGCUAGAUAUUUACACUUUUAACACUGGUGUUACAACAAAGUGAGCAGAAUCAUUAAUUUAAAUAAUUAAGUUUGUGUAGGGAUCUGGUUAUGUGAGGUAGCCUGUUGGAAAUAAAGCAGCUUCUAAAUAUUUGCAGUUCCUUAAUUCAUAAUAUAUCAUCAUGAUAUUUAGAUCAAUUUUUUAAUUCAAGAAGCUUAUUUUUUUUUUCUAAUGUGGAUUAUUAUUGUUUCAUAAUUUUUGUUUUUACUCCCAGACUUAUCCAUUUUCAUGCAUUUUUUUUACUAGUAAUGUGCAAGUAGCAAGUCUGUGCAAAUAUUAAAAGUUUCAUAUACCAAAAAUAAUAUUAUUAUGAUUUGUAUUUAAUUCAAUUACAAACACUUAUAGCUUGAAGUAAGGAGUAUUCAAUUUAUUCUAAGAGUAGUGAAGCUGUGGUUGAGUGUGUUUAUACACAGUUUAUAUAAUAUAUUUCAUGGUGAACUACGUUAAAACUCAAACAACUAGACACACUGAUUACAGGAAAUUUUUUUAAUUUGUUGAGAACUGUAAGCAGUUUUGUCACCACUAUAAAGAUAUCCCUAAAAAAUUGAAAAUGUUAUUUUCCCAAGGUUUUUGUAACCAUUCACGUGAAACAUGUAGUGCCAUUGUAUGAAAGCAUUUACAGGUAUUUUUUUAAAAAUUAUAUUUUAUAAUUUCAUAAAAUAUUAAAAAUUUCCACCACUUUUGCUACGUUUAAUAUUUUAUAUUUAAAAAAUAUUGCAUAAUUGUAUUCAGAUUUGAUGCAUGUUAAAAAAAGGAUGUUUGCACAGGCCUAUAGUCUGUCUCAUGCUUAGACUGCAGUAGAGGAAAUGGUUAACACUGUUGCCAGAUUGAUCUCCACCCGGCUUUGUUAGCAUUAACAGUCUUAUUUUGUAUACCAUCAGUCCAUCAUUAGUCACAAUUAGUUUUUUAAAAAAUAAAAUUAAUCUUUUUGUGUCUUGAUUUUUAUAAGACCAUAAAAUAGUGUCUGUUGACAAUAUUAUUACAGUUUUUGUCAUUCUGACAGAAAAAAAUAAUUAAAUGCUAAACACCAAUUAUUACUUCACAGGAGGAACUAUUUGUAGCAGUGACUAGUGAUAGCAAGGCAUUUCAUGAAAGUAUGUGCUAUGCUGAAAAGAGCCAAACUUUUUAAAAUUAAAUAAUGAUGCUAACAAAUGGUUAACAAAAAUAGUUGAAACCAAGCUGGUAUCUUUCAAUUACGUCUCCUAAGAAAUAAAAAAAUAUUAUCAGAUGAUGAUCUUGAGGGAAUACAAUAGGAAAUGUAUUUCUACAGUUCUCAUUCCAAAUUUUACUUUACAAAAUACUUUUUUAGAUACAUUUUAAAGAAAUUCAAUUACGUUACAAAGAUGUAUGAAAAUUUUGCAUCCGUUGAUGUGCAUCUGCCAAAAGAGACGCCAAAAAGACAGCGCUAAUGGCAGAAAACGAUGGAUUAGAAAAAUAGACUAAAAGGCCCAUUAAAAUUCACACUGCAAUCUAAGUAUGAGUUGUGCUAUAAUAAAUAGUAUUGUGAGAAAUGUAUUACAUAAAACUAGAACUCGAGGGUGUAUACACUGUCCUUUGUAGUGAAAAUGUUUUAAUUUGCAGUGCAUUAACUGAUUAACAGUUAUCUUUCAUUUAUGAUUUCUCAAAUCAGUUGCUCACGUUCUAGUUUAACGCUUCUAGAGAACUUGAGGACAAUCUGUUUAAGAGUUAAUGCUUGCCUCGGAGUUGUCCUGUACAGUUCAGGCGGAGCAUUGACUGCAAUUUGGUGCUGAUGUAAUAUAAAAUGUCCUUCAGGGAAGUAGACUCCAGACUGAGUCCCUAAUAUAAAAGUUACAAGUUUCUUACUAGUAUGUAUUCAUAAUGUGUGGCCUUUUAAUUGUAUUUUGUAUGCAAUUGAAUCUUUUUUAUCAUAACUAUCAUACAGUACUGAUUUUUUAGCAUAUUAAAAUUUGACCUUGUCAUAAACAAUGUUAUUUAUGAUUUUAUUAAUUGAACUAGCAAUUAACUGUGCACAGAAUUUAAAUGAUACAUCAAUUACGUAGAAUGUUUUUUUUAAUUAAUACAUUUGAAAUAAAUGUUUUAUCUGUUAUAGAGUAUUUUUUAAGUAGAUUUCGAAGAAAGACUAUCUAUUGUUGUUGCCAUGAUGAGACUUCCGUAAAUUUUUUAAAUAUUUUUUCAUUUCACGGUCCUGAGACCCGAAAACCAUAGUUAUCUCAGAAGUUUCCAUAUACAGUAGAACUCUGUUAACAUGUUUCGAAGGGUCAAAUGGAAAAACAUGAGCAGGAAAUAUCAAAUUGCCUCUUGUCAGUGUUAAAACCUUUUUAACGAUGAACUCGUGUAGCCGUGUGAACAAAUUUAACGGUAAAACCAUUGAUAGGUACUCUUGAUGCUUGAAUUUGCUUAAACCAAGCCAAAAAUCUUUCUUUAACGCUGCCACGUUUCUUUAAAAUUGUCUCGCGACUUGUGAUGAUAGCACUUAAGAGUGAAACUGCCCAGAGAAAAUUAACAAACUGAACAUGUGUUGAUUGAGAAUUCCUGUCUACAAAUAUAAUAAAUUCAGCUCUAUCACCAUAUCACCAAUAGAAAACACUUUUUUUUUUGUGUCAUCAUGUAAUGGUUGGCAUACUUAAAUAUUGUAAAACUCUACAUACGUAUGCACAUCUAAAACACACUAGAAUGGCGAGGAAUGAAAGGAUUAAUUUUUUUCCCUAGAGGAAGGUGUUAGCAGACAUGUAACUGCAAACGUAUGUACCUUUGAUAUGUAUGUAUAUACAGAAUAUACUCUGUUAGCCAGCGCUACCUCAUUGUUUUCGCAUACAAUCCUAUCAUUGGUAAAACAUUGAUUGAUGAUAAAAACUGUUGUAAAGUGUAAAUUAAAUGGUUUAUUGAAUCAAACUUCUUAGAUGUGAUGAGUGUUGGAAUAGUAAUGGUUUUUGAGAUUUUUUUUGGUUGCAUUUAUUGAAUUUUUCGAGUGGAAAUCUAAUUUUUAUAAGCAGGGAAUGCAUAAUAUGUAAAACAUUUUAGACAGGAUGUAAAUACAUUGUCCUUAUGGGGAAGAUGUUGGGCCUUAAAACAUGAUGUUGUAAGCAGGAAAAUAUUUAUAAACAUUAAAACAGGGUUCUACUGUAUAUAUAUUUUAUAUCACUUUGUUAUUGACACAAUAACUGCUGUAAUUGUGCCCAAAUCACUUUCCAACUGAUAUAUAUAUAAUAAAGUUAUGGAAAAUCUCGGUGGAGUUGGUUAUGGGGCAAAGUAGGACCAAAGGUAAAUGGGAAAGUUUAAAAAAAAAAAUGAAAGCAGAAAUAUUGUGAUAACGCUCUUAAUAUCUGACAAAUACCACAUCCGUUUUAAGGUAUUAUACCUUGUAAGAGUAAUACCAAAAAUGGUUGUCUAAUCCAUUUUUGAUACUGCCAACCUUCAUCAUAAGGGGUGAGAAAAAUUGGGGUUGGAGAACCUUAAUAUUCCCACCUUCCAUAGUAGGCACAUUCAAAUUCAUUGUAAAAUUUGUAAAUGUUACCAAAAUAUUUUGUCUGGAACUAUUUUGACAACUGAAACCUUAGAGCGAAUGUAUUUGUUUAGUGCUUAGCUUAAGAAACUAAAUAGGAAUGUUUUCCAUUACCAACAUGGCACGGAACCUGACUACAGCGUCAGGCUGACUUCACGCUCCGGGCCAUGUCAUUGCUGUUGAGUGUAUUCCGGGAAUCACAAGAACAUUUUGGCUGCGUGGGAUAUGUGAGAAUAUUUGAUUCAUACUUGUGGGAGAUAAGUGUUGUGCAUUAAGUUUCCUAAGUGUUCCUGAAGUUCCUGGAAUAUUCCAGAAGUUUCAAGAAUGUGCCAAGAGAAAUAAGGAUCUUCGAAAUCUGCCUUCACCUGUAGACUGUGCCAAAAGUUUUUUUUUUUUUAUUCUGGCUGCUUAAGUCGUAUCUUCUAUGAAUAUUUUCAGUUUGUAUUUUUUUUCCUUGUUUUGUUAUAAAUGAAGUGCUGAAUAUCAAAAUUGCAUGUUGUGUUUACAAUUUUAAAAGGAGCAUUCUCAUUUCUCAGUAUUAUUUUUGUAUCCCUUGUAAUGGAAAAAAUAUAUAUAUAGUAUAUAUAUAUAUAUAUAUAUAUAUAUAUAUAUAUAUUAUUUUGUUUUUAAUUGCAUUAAGUGCUGCUAUCCGUUAUUAAGAAUAAUAUGGCUUUCAUUCUGCUGUCUAUAGUAUUACAAGGCAUUUGUGCAUGUAGUUUGAGGCUUGUAAGGUUUGCUAGUUCUUCCAUUUAUAUGGUACAUUUGUUCAUUCCAAAACAUUUGGUGUGUAAGAAUAAUUGUAUAAAGGUUUUUAUAACAUUUACAAUUUUUGAAAGUACAGUUUUUAUCACUGUUUAUUCAAUUGUCCAUAAAUGUGACCAGGUGUGUUUUUCUAAUACUCAUUUUGGAAUAACCUUUAAAAAAAAAAAGUGUAUAUUGUUUGAUUUGUAUUAAUUAUGGUGCAUAGUUUUUACAAGUAAGUUUUGUAAAUUUCUUGUAUAUUUACUCUAAUAUAUUUAUUAAUAGUUUUCUUGAUAUGAAAUGUUUAUUGUUAUUAUGUUUCCAGUUUGCCAAUAAGUCUUCCUUCAGCAGCUGUUGCUGAUAAACUGAAUGCCAAGUGUUCAUCUUACAUCUCACAGAUGUACUGACUACAGAAGUGAAAGUUUUUUUUUUUUUGUGUUUGUAAAAUUGCUACACAAUCCAUGAGCACUCGCAUCCAGAAAAAGUGAUUUGACAGAAUGUGUGUGAGAUUUUAACAUUGUGUGUUAUCACUUCUGUUUUAAAAUAGCUGUAGCAAAUUGAAAUGAUAAUCAUCAUAACUGUGCAUUAAUUUAAAAAAAAUAUUUAUAGUAGAGUCAUACUUUCUGCAAACCAACCAACCUCUUGCCUCGUUGCCGAUGUGAAUUUAUUGACGUAUAAACUCUGUUGGGUACAAGAAAAUGAUUGAAGGACUAAAAUAACUUAGCAGUCUCUAGGUAUUUAAUUUUAACUCAAGUUUACAGUGUUGUCGUGUGACGCUUUGAGGUACAUGCCGGCCUGCGGGGUUCACUUUGCUAGUCUGGCUGGUCCCAGUGUAGGUUCCUAGGUGGGGUUGGUGGGAAAGGCCUGAAGAGUUCAUUUGAAUUGAUUGCACAGUUAAUGAACUUGAUUUAAUAUUCUUGUAUCUUAGUUAAUUUUCAUUAGAUCUUAAGGAACAUACACAUUUUAUUUUUAAAUAUAUAUUAUUUUAUUCAAUUUGUAAUUGGUAUGGAAACCACAUGAAUAUUUAAUCUUGAGAACAUAAUUUAAUUUUUAUCAUGUCUGGAAUAUAGUAUAUCUUUGGUGUCUUAUUUAAAAUACCUAACUACUUAUUUUUAAUACAAAAUUGUUUUUGUGUGAUUUUGAAGAUAGUAAAUUUUGAUAUAAUAAUUUGUUCAGUUAGCGCUAUAUUAAAAAAAUAGUAUUGAGCAGCCGGCAGUGUAGUGUCUGGGUGAGUGCUACAUGUAACUCUCAGUUCUGUAGUCCUGUAGUCCUGUGUAGAUGUGUGCGUGCCUUUGUUCCAUGCCAGAACAGUCUGUCACAAUGAUGCAGCUUGCAAGAUGUACUUCGUGCGCCUUUGAAACAUGCCUCGUCGUUCAGACGUAAAAAGAAAGCUUCAGUUUGUGAUGCAGGUGUGUUACGUCAAACUACAGGCCAGUGUAAAUUGUUGGCUGAAAUGGUGCUUGCAUUUCGAGUACAAAUAUGUUUUUUUUUUUUUUGUGAGAGGAGUGUUUGAUUAUUAUGUCCUUUCUUUUUUUGGCUAGUGUGUUAUAAAUAUACACAAUCUGUUGUAUUAUUUGCUGUUUUUAUCAGAAAAACUUGUAAUUUGUUUUACAUUAUGCUAUGUGGCACCUAAAAUAAUUUUAACUUUAAUCAGAAUUAUCAGACACUCCUAGGGAUUACAAAGCCAUUUGACAAGGCAUCUUGUACACAUUUAUUAGAAACAUUAGAUAAUAUUUGUACUGUAGUGUCAUGUAUAUAUCACAUGCAAAGACUUGAGAUUGUAUUUUUUUAUUAUUUGUCAUAGUGCAUGAAGAUAUAUAAAAAACCAAUACAGAGAGUUGUUAUGAAUUAAGCAUUUGUAUUAUAUUAAGUUUGUAAAGUCAGUCAGUUUUUGUAAAUUAGUAGUACAUUUGCAUAACUAUGAAUGCCAAUCUUUAGCACAGUUGUUGAAAAUUAGCUGACAUGAAGUUAUGUUGGUAAAUUAUCUUUGCUGUUUGACUUUUGUUGUAUUGUGACAGGUUUUGAAAAUAUUAUACAUACAAUAUAUUAUCAUGAUUUUGAUUUUAUUUUUUUUAUAAUCCUGACUGCCAUUGUAUUUGCUAAGUUUGUAUUUUAGGUAGAUUUCAAAGAAAUUUUCAAGGUCCAUAAACCCUCAAAACCAUUGUCAACACAAAAGUUUAUGUUUUUUUAUUUGAUAUAUUUUUUUUUUAUGGACAUCUUGACAUGAUAACUGCCAGAGUUUUUUUACAACUGAUACAUAAAAUCAAGUAGUGGAAAAUCUCGCUUGAGUUCGUUAAUGGGUAAUAUCCUACCAAAGAGGUUGAAAUGGGGAAGGUUUUUUGAAAAUUAGAAAAAUUGCUGUAACUCCCAUAGUAUGGAAAAUAAUCACAUCCACUUGAAUGUAUCAGAACUCGUAGGAGUGAUAUCAAAAUCUUUUGUCUGAAAAGUUUUUGAAUUUUUGAUACAACCAACCAUAACUGUAAGGGGUUGAAUAAACAAAGGUUGGAGGACAAAAAGUUCAUAACUCCCAUCAUAGGCACAACAUCGAAUUCGUUCAAAUUGUUUUGUUAAUCUUACAAUUUUUUUUCUAAAAAUUUUGUCAAAAUAAAUUUUUGAUUAAACGAACCAUUGCUACAAGAGGUUGGAAAAAAGAGGGGUAAACUUAAAAAAAAUCAUAACUCCCUCAGUAGGCACACAAUCAAACCCGUUCAAAUUGUUUGUACACCUUAUAAAUAUUAUCAAAACAUUUGUCUGAAAUAAUUUUUGAUACAUCCAACCAUUGCUACAAGGGGUGGAUAAAGAGGUUUUAAA